CCCGUGGCCUCCCACGCCCGGCUGGCGGCCGCCGUGCCCGAGGAGCUGCCGCGGGGGACGCAGACGCUGCUGCUGCAGAGCAACCGCAUCGCCCGGCUCGAGCCGGGCGCGCUGGGCUACCUGGGCAACCUCUCGGAGCUCGACCUGUCGCAGAACAGCUUCUCCGACGUGCGGGACCUGGGCCUGGGCCUCCUGCCCCAGCUGCUCAGCCUGCACCUGGAGGAGAACCAGCUGGCCGAGCUGCCCGACGGCAGCUUCCCGGGCCUGGGCGGCCUGCAGGAGCUCUACCUGAACCACAACCAGCUGCGCAGCAUCUCGCCCCGGGCCUUCUCCGGCCUCGGCAGCCUCCUCCGGCUCCACCUCAACUCCAACCUGCUCAGAACGGUCGACAGCCGCUGGUUCCAGAUGCUUCCCAGCCUCGAGAUCCUCAUGAUCGGAGGCAACAAGGUGGACGCGAUCUCGGAUAUGAAUUUCAGGCCCCUGGCGAAGCUGCGGAGCUUGGUCUUGGCGGGGAUGAACCUGCGGGAGAUCUCGGACUACGCGCUGGAGGGGCUGCGGAGCCUGGAGAGCCUUUCCUUCUACGACAACAAGCUCGCGGAUGUCCCCAGGCGGGCGCUGCAGCGAGUUCCUGGCCUCAAGUUCCUAGAUUUGAAUAAAAACCCCUUGCAGAGGGUUAAGCAAAGUGACUUCACGAACAUGCUGCACCUCAAAGAGCUGGGGCUUAACAACAUGGAGGAGCUGGUUUCCAUAGACAAAUUUGCCUUGAUCAACCUCCCCGAGCUGACCAAGCUGGACAUGACCAACAACCCCAAGCUCUCCUUCAUCCACCCCAGCGCGUUCCACCACCUUCCUCAGAUGGAAACCCUCAUGCUCAACAACAACGCCUUAAGUGCCUUGCAUAAGCAGACGGUGGAGUCCCUGCCCAACCUGCAGGAGAUCAGCAUCCACAGCAACCCGCUGCGCUGCGACUGCGUCAUCCGCUGGGUCAACAGCACCGGGAAGCGCAUCCGCUUCAUCGAGCCGCAGUCCACACUGUGCGCCGAGCCCCCGGAGCUGGAGCGGCGCCACAUCCGAGACGUCCCCUUCCGGGACAUGACGGACCGCUGCCUUCCCCUCAUCUCCGCCAAGAGCCUCCCCUCGCGCCUCGAG